ACACACCUCAAAUCAUUAUAUUCAUCUUAUCCUUAGCUCUUUUAAAUUUCCUUUUUGUUCAAAGGCAAAUAUUAAUCAAACAUUAUGGGUGUGAAUACCUAUACUCAUGAGUCCACAACCACAAUUGCCCCUACUAGGUUUUUCAAAGCUUUGGUUCUUGAUUUUGACAGCCUUGUUCCUAAAUUGUUGUCACAACAUGUUAAGAACAUUGAAACUGUUGAGGGAGAUGGUGGUGCUGGAAGCAUCAAGCUAAUGAACUUUGUUGAAGGUGGUCCAAUAAAGUACUUGAAGCACAAGAUGCAUGUGAUUGACGACAAGAACUUAGAAACAAAAUAUUCACUUAUCGAAGGUGAUAUUCUUGGAGACAAAUUGGAAUCAAUUACCUAUGACAUCAAAUUUGAAGCUUCUGGUGAUGGAGGUUGUGUUUACAAGACAACAACUGAGUACCACACAAAGGGUGAUUAUGUUUUUACUGAAGAAGAACACAAUGUAGGCAAAGAGAGAGGCAUGCAUAUUUCCAAGGCUGUAGAAGCAUACCUUCUCGCCAAUCCUUCUGUCUACGCCUAAAUAUUGAUGAAAAGAAAUCAUGUCAACACGUAAGAAAUCACCUACGUGUUGUGACAUUAUUAUAUAAAUAAAUAAGUAAAAGUGUGUGCUAUUUCUAAGAAGUUUAAACUCUUGGAUGAGAGACGAAAAAGUUAGAUUGAUUAUAUAAGGAGUUGUAUCAAUUCUUCCAUGGGAGUGAGUGUUACAUUGUUAUAAUUUUUUGUUGUGUGUGUUUUUUUUUUCCCACUUGUAUGUCAUGGAAAGAACUUUCAUCAAUAAUAUCACAAGCUUUACUUUUCAAAUACUU